AUGAUGAAAGCAGAAGACCAGGAACAAUGGAAGAGAACCUUUUUCUCAGAACUACCUAAAGUGGAACUUCAUGCCCACUUGAAUGGAUCCAUUAGUUGUAAUACCAUGAAGAAAUUAAUAGCUAAGAAACCAGGUCUCAAAAUCCAUGAUCAAAUGACGAUGAUCGAUAAAGGAAAGAAAAGAACUUUAGAAGAAUGUUUCCAGAUGUUUCAGAUUAUUCAUCAGCUUACUACUAGCCCUGAAGAUAUUGUAAUGGUCACAAAAGACGUCAUUAAAGAAUUUGCAGAUGAUGGUGUCAAGUACCUGGAACUAAGGAGCACACCCAGAAAAGACAAUGCUACAGGAAUGACUAAAAAAACUUAUGUGGAAUCUGUACUUGAGGGUAUAAAACAGUCUAAACAAGAAAACUUAGACAUUGAUGUUAGAUAUUUGAUAUCAAUUGACAGAAGAGGUGGGCCUUCAGUGGCCAAGGAGACUGUUAAACUUGCUGAAGAAUUUUUCCUUUCUACUAAAGAUACAGUUAUUGGCCUUGACCUCAGUGGAGAUCCUACAGCAGGACAAGCAAAAGAUUUCUUGGAACCUCUUUUGGAAGCAAAAAAAGCAGGUCUGAAGUUGGCAUUGCAUCUUUCAGAGAUCCCAAACAUCAGGGAAGAAACACAAGUUCUCCUGGAUCUGUUACCUGACAGAAUUGGACAUGGGACAUUUCUCAAUUCCUCUGAGGGAGGAUCCUUGGAUCUAGUAGACUUUGUGAGGAAACACCAGAUACCGCUGGAACUCUGUUUGACCUCAAACAUCAAAAGUCGGACAGUUCCAUCUUAUGACAAGCAUCAUUUCGGAUUCUGGUACAGCAUUGCCCAUCCUUCUGUGAUCUGUACUGAUGAUAAGGGUGUUUUUGCAACACACCUUUCCCAAGAGUACCAGCUGGCAGCUGAACAUUUUAAUUUGACCCCAUCUCAGGUAUGGGAUUUGUCUUAUGAAUCCAUCGACUACAUCUUUGCUUCUGACAGCACCAGGUCUGAACUGAAAAAGAAGUGGAAUCAUCUGAAACCCAAAGUGUUACAUUUUUAA